GUGUGUGCUUUCCAUUAUCAAGGCUUUGUGGAUUCUAUGAAAGAACUACUGCACCUGAAAGAGCGAUGUGGUGAUAUCAAGCAAGAUGCUAUUGCUAUCAAUACACAAAUACAAGCGGCAAGCGAGGAUAUCUCCAAGAAAAGUGCGGAAAUCGUUAAAUAUAGAAAACUCGUAAAAAAUGCAUCAACUGCGAUUGAUCAGAUAUCAGUAUGUCUUCCCGUACUAGAGAACUACGCGAGAUUACAAGAGCUGAUGCAGCUUAAGAAGUACUACCAAGCGCUAAAAGUCUUGGAAGAGUUGGAACAUACUCAUCUUGCUCUUGUGGAGAAGUAUAGGUUCACACAGAUACUGGCUAAGACAAUGGCUCCUGUUCGAAAUGAAAUCAAGGCUAAGGUAUGUUGUAGAUUAAUCUACUUGUGA